GCGCACUUUUUUAGUGCCUCAAGUACGAGUGGAUCGUUGGACUUGUUGUUUGUCAAAAAUCGAAACAAAAUUUCUAAAACGAUUAGUCGCCGAUCAAAAUCGAAAUAUGAGUGAGGAAAUAAAACUAAACGAAGUCGAUGACUUCUUUGACUUGCAUUACUUCGCGUUGAAUAAAAAAUUUCAAAUUUUCUGUGGUUUAUGGCCACUAGAAACUGGAUAUAUGAAGUACUUUAAGCAAGGCGCAAUGGGUGCGAUUAUACUCGCCAACUUGAUUUUGUUUUCUCAUGCAUUAGGUACAUUUUGCGGCACUAACAUGGAUUAUUGCUGCGAAAACAUGCUUGGAGUGGUUUACUGCAUCACGGGAUUCUCCAAAUUAGUUGGCAUAUCGACUACCGGAGGCAAGUUUACAGGAAUUUACAAGAUGAUCGCCAGAAACUGGCGCGAGACAACCGAUGAGAUUGAAUACUCUAUACUGGAAAAGUAUGCCCGAAUCUCGAAAAUGUUGACUCGCUUAUACAUUGUUGCGUUUCUGAUGACCGGCGGAGUCGUCACCCAGGCUCCGGCAAUUCCCCUUCUACUGAACUACAUAAUACCGCUGAACGAGUCUCGACAGGCAAUACCCAUCGUCAACACGGAUUACAGCAUCACGCCUUAUACGAGGUUUGCCCAUCUGUGGGUGCAUUAUUCUUUCACGGCGGUUGCCGUUGCCUGUGUUUUCAUUGCCAUCGAUGCGACCUUCGUGCUCAUCGUUUUUCAGAUACUCGCGACUUUAGACGUUGUCAAGCAGAGAAUCCGUCAAGCGAGUUCAGUUGAAAGUGAAAAUGCUGAACAGUCAUAUGGAAUUUUGGUAAAGGCUGUGAAAUUGCACAAGGAUGCUAUAGAGUUUUUAAAUUUAUCCAACGAGGCGAAUAGUUUGCAAUUUUUGGUCGUACUAGGCGGUACCAUUUUUAAUAUUAGUUUCGGCUCAUUAGCGAUUUUGUCUCGCGCGGGCGCUUAUGCAGAUUUUGCUCGAAUAGGAAUACUUACCUUGGGUUAUCUGUUUCAAUUAUUUGUUUUAUGCUUGCUUGGUGAGCUCAUCAUAAGUUCCAGCUCUGAGUUAUUUGUCAUUCCGUAA